CAAACAAAAAACAAUUAUAAAUAAAAAAAAAAUGUCCCUUGAUCAAGCUACGGAAUAUAAAAACUAAGGAAAUAAAGCUUUCCAAGAGAACCGUUUCGAAGAAGCAGUUGAUUUAUUUACUAAAGCUAUAUAAAUAAACCCUAAUGAUCAUGUAUAUUAUUCUAACAGAAGUGGAGCUUACGCAUCUAAAGGCGAUCUUGAAAAGGCUUUAGAAGAUGCCAAUAAAUGCAUAUAAUUAAAGCCUGAUUGGGCAAAAGGUUACUAAAGAAAAGGUCAUGCGGAAUAUGAAUUAGGUAAAUUAGAAGACGCAGUAAAUACAUAUAAGAAAGGCCUAGAAUAUGAACCAAAUAACACUGUUUUAAAAGAAAGGCUUUAAAAUGUUUAAGAUGAAAUUUCUUAAGGCGGAAGUGGAAAAAAAGGAGAUGGUUUUAUGGAUAAUUUCGCAGCUUAAAUAAUGAUGAAAUUAGCUAUGAAUCCUAAGACUGCUGAUUAUCUAAAAGAUCCUAGUUUUAUGUAAAAAUUAUAAAUGCUUUAAAAAAAUCCGUAAAUGUUUCCUGUACUUAUGUAAUAAGAUCCUAGAUUAUAAGAAGCUUUAAAUAUUAUGAUGUAAGAUUUUGACGUAUAAAAUAUGGCUAAUAAAUAUUAAUAAUAAAAAGGAAAACCUGAAUAAUAACAAUAAGAAGAAAAAGAUGAAUAAAAAAAUCAAAAUACUGAAGAAAAAAAAAGUUAAUCACCUCAAAAAUAAUAAUAAUAAUAAUAACAUUAAUAAUCUAAAAAUGUAUCAGAAGAAGAAAAAUUAAAAUUAGAAGGAAAUGAAUAUUAUAAAAAGAAAUAAUUUGAUAAAGCUUAAGAAUGUUAUGAUAAGGCAAUUUCUAUUAACCCUAAAGAAGUUCUCCUUUACAACAAUAAAGCCGCAGUAUAUAUCGAAACUAAUUAAUAUUAAAAAGCUAUUGAUGUAGUAAAUGAGGCUUUAAAGAUAUGCGAAGAUCACCAAAUAAAGGACUUUUAGAAACUUGCUAAAUUAUAUGCUAGAAAAGGCGCUUGUUAUGCCAAAUUAAACGACUACAAAUAAUCUAUUGAAUGGUACUAAAAAUCCCUCCUAGAAGAUUUCAACGGAAAAGUAAAAUUAGAUUUAAAAGCUGUAGAAAAAUUAUAAAAAGAACUAGAAUAAAAAGCCUUUAUUAACCCAUAAUUAGCCGAAGAACAUAAUGAAAAAGCCAAAGAGUUAUUCAAAUAAGGAAAAUAUCCUGAUGCUAUGAAAGAAUAUGAUUAAGCAGUAAAAAGAAAUCCUAGUGAUCCUAAAUAUAUAUGCAACAGAGGUAUUUGUUAUGUAAAAUUACUUGAAUUUCCAACUGCAUUGAAAGAUUUUGAACAUGCAAUUUAAUUAGAUUCUAAAUAUGUUAAAGCUUAUUUAAAAAAAGGAAAUUGUCAUCACGCUAUGAAAGAAUAUCAUAAAGCAAUAGAUGCUUAUGAAAAAGGACUUAAAUUAGAACCUGAUAAUCAAGAACUAAAAACUUCUUUAGCUUAAACUUAAUAAUCUAUAUAUGUAGGAGGUGGAGAUUAAAAAGAGCAAGAAGAAAGAGCAAAACAUGCUAUGGCUGAUCCUGAAAUUUAAUAAAUUUUAAUGACUCCAGAAGUAUAAAAUGCACUUAAGUCAUUAUAAUAAGAUCCAAAAGAAGCUAUUAAGAUAUUAUAAAAUCCAACAUUAGCACCUAAAAUUAAUAAGCUUAUAUAAGCAGGAAUUUUAAGAAUGGGUUGAAAAUUCAUUAAUUAUUAUUUAAUUUAUAAUUUUUAUAUUUUUGAUAUUUUAUGAGAGAAAAAUAAACUAUAUGUUAUUUUUUAAAUAAAUAUAUUUUUUUUUU